UUAAAAGUUAUUUGAUAUCGUAAUUUUACUAGUAAAAUGGCGGCUUUCGCAAAAGCUGUGCAAGUUUCCAAAGGUGUAAAUAAUGUGACAAAACUAUUUACAAAUUUAACUUUAUCACAAAAUGUUAAUUCAGUUUCUAUUCCGAUAUUUAUUCCAAGGAUGCCUACUUUUCAAUGUGCAUUCAUUCAUACUACAUUUAAAAAUAAUGAUUUGAUGGAAUUUUUUGAUGAUCCAAAAAAUUGGGAAAAGGAUAAAAUACGUGUAGGACGUUCAUGGCGAAAAGAUGAACUACGAUUAAAAAGUAAUGAAGAACUUCAUAAAUUAUGGUUUGUAUUAUUAAAAGAACGCAAUAUGCUUUUAACUAUGGAAGAAGCUUAUAAAGAAGAAUGGAAAUAUUUUCCAAAUCCUGAAAGAAUUGAUAAAGUUGAAGAUAGUAUGUCUAAUUUAGAAUCUGUAGUACGUGAACGGAACAGAGCAUAUCAUAUGCUUGAGACUGGAACAACUGGAGAGCGACCUGCAGAACUCAAAUAUAAUGCUCUUGGUAUACGUUCUCUUUAUCGUUUGCGUCAAUAUUCUAUACCAAAAUAUAUGAAUUCUGCAUGGCAUAAAAAACACCAAUUUGGAUAUGGUGGAUAUGCAGUUCGUAAAUUUUUACGACUGUACAGAGAAAAACUUUGGAAUGAAAAACGUAAAUUACGAAAUCGCCAAAAUAAUCAAGUGGCUACUUUGAUUAGAAUUUUCCCCAAUCUUGAUAUGGAAGCUGUGAAAGAACAAUAUCCAUUAGCAAAUAUAGAAAAAAUAAAACGAACUAGAAAAGCAGAUGGACAUUAUAUACACGACUAAAUAUAUUUCUUUUAUUGUAUAAUAUUUCUAGCAUUUUAAAUAUAUAUUAAGAUUACGCAAAAUAUUUUAAGUUUGACAAUAUUAGAUAAUAUUAAAAAAUUAAAUUCAUAUUAUAUUUUUACAACGAAUAUUUCAAUAUAUAUUAUAAAUAAUUUAAUAAUUUUCAGGUCAUCAAAAAUUGCAUUAUUUUUAUUUGCAUCUUUAUCAGAAUUAUUUAAUUCAUUAUCACAAUUGUUGAUUGUAUAAUCUUACAACAAUGUUUAAUUUUUCUAAUAUUAUAUAAUUGUAUUUUAGUACUUAAAAAAUUAAAAAAAAAAUAAUUUAGGAAAUAGAGAAUUGUUAAUAUAAAUUAAUAUUAUAAAAGUAUAUACUCAUUGAAUAUAGUGAUUAAUUAAAUAUUUUUGAAUGUAUAUAUAUAUAUGUAUACACACAUAUAUAUAUUUUCAUUCACCACAAAUAUGCAUUUAGUUAAAAUAACUGCUACAUAAAUGUAUAAACAAGUUGUAAUUAUGUAGAAGAAUUUAUUAUAAUAAAAGUAAUGUAAAA